CACACUCAAAGAAAAUUUCCAUGGUCAACUCACGCGCCUUCCCUUUUCUCACCCUUUACACAAUUCAUUGUAUUUACUAUUUUAGUUCGAUCUGAUAAAAACCCAACUACAAUAAUAUUUUCUUUGAUGACCAAUUCAUUGGAAUUAAUUAUUCUUGUUUUUGUUUUUUAGAAGCUAAGCUGCUUUCUUGAAUUGACUACUUCUUGAUUCUGUAAGUUGGUUUUUGUGUUAAGGUUAGUUCUUUAGUUGGUUUUUGUGUUAAAGCUGAGUUCUUUUUUCUAUUUAUGGGUUUGAUGCCACUGUUUUGAGUUCUUGCAUGAAAAUCUGAGGUGGUUCAGUGAGAUUUUUGUUGGGAAGUUUGUGAUUUAGAUAUUUGCAAGGUGUUCUUCAAAAGAACUGAAUUGAGUUGGUGGUAAAUGCUGUAAAGACUUGACCUUUUGUGGAAUUUUCAGCUCUUUUGGUCUAUUGGUUUUGUCAGGUGUUUGAUGCCAUUCUUGCAUGAAAAUCUGAGGUGGGUCAGUGAGAUUUUUGUUGGGAAGUUUGUGAUUUGGAUAUUAUAGAGGUGUUCUUCAGAAAAAGUUGAAUUGGGUUGGUGGUAAAUGCUGUAAAGACUUGACCUUUUGUGGAAUUUUCAGCUCUUUUGGGCUAUUGGUUUUGUCAGGUGUUUGAUGCCACUGUUUCUUGAGUUCUUUGCUUGAAAAUCUGAGGUGGGUCAGUGAGAUUUUUGUUGGGAAGUUUGUGAUUUGGAUAUUAUAGAGGUGUUCUUCAGAAAAAGUUGAAUUGGGUUGGUGGUAAAUGCAAUAAAGACUUGACCUUUUGUGGAAUUUUUCAGCUCUUUUGGUCUAUGGAUUUUGUCAGGUGUUUGAUGCUACUGUUUCUUGAGUUCUUUGCUUGAAAAUCUGAGGUGGGUCAGUGAGAUUUUUGUUGAUAAGUUUAUGAUUUGGAUAUUAUAGAGGUGUUGUUCAGAAAAAGUUGAAUUGGGUUGGUGGUAAAUGCUGUAAAGACUUGACCUUUUGUGGAAUUUUUCAGCUCUUUUGGUCUAUUGGUUUUGUCUGGUGUUUGAUGCUACUGUUUCUUGAGUUCUUUGCUUGAAAAUCUGAGGUGGGUCAGUGAGAUUUUUGUUGGGAAGUUUGUGAUUUGGAUAUUAUAGAGGUGUUCUUCAGCAAAAGUUGAAUUUGGUUGGUGGUAAAUGCAGUAAAGACUUGACCUUUUGUGGAAUUUUCAGCUCUUUUGGUUUAUUGGGUUCUACAGGUGCUUGAUGCCAAUGUUUCUUGAAUUUUUUGCUUGAAAAUUUGAAGUGAGUCAGUUUAGAUUCUUGUUAAAGAUUUCGUGAUUUAGAUACCCGAAAGGUGUUCUUCGCAAAAGCUGAACUGAGUUGGUGUUAAAUACAGCAAAGCUUUGAUUCUUUGUGGGAUUUUCAGGAGGGGUGAGUACUCUUUUGCUCUAGCGAGUCAGUAAGAUUUCUUGUUGAAGUUUAGUGAUUUUAGUAUCUGAAAGGUGUUCUUCGUAAAACCUGAAUUGGGUUGGUGAUAAAUACAUCAAAGACUUGGAAUUGUCUGAAGGGGGUGAACACACUUUUGGUUAACUGGUGUUCUUGUUCUUGGAAGGUUUGUGGUAUGUUGAGUUAUUCAUGAUAAGCAUUGUCUGCUACGUUGAUGCUGAUUCAAGAAGAAAUGGGCGUGAGAGGAGUAGCCCGAUUAUUUGUUUUCAUCGUUGUGCUUUUUACUAUAGUGGCAGCAAAUCCUGAAAGCAAAUACUCAGAGGAAAAUUUACUGGCCAAUCAAAUCAGUUCUGUGGGAAUCAACCAGGAAUUGGCUGAAGAGUUAUGGUUGAACUGUAGGCUAGGGUUGGUACAUUCGAAUGAAGCUGUUGAAGAUCUUGAGUUUAGUGGGAGCCACGGAAUCCUUUCUAACAGAAGAUCGUUAACUAAAACUAAAGAGAAACAAGUCAAUAUGGAAGCCCUUAUGGGUUGUUUAGUGAAGAAAAAUCUCCUGUUUCUAAUUUCUGGAGAGGAGAAGCAUUCACCUACAUGGUAUACCAGGUGCACGGACUUCCUCUUUUCCUGGUACGGCACACCUAGACGGCGUGAAUUGCUUCAGGUUGGAGAUGCUCCUGCUCCCGCUUCUGCUCCCGCUUCUGCUUCCGCUCCUGCUCCAGCAACUUCUAUUUCUGAAACUCCCAAUUCUGCGCCACCUGCUCAUCCUCCUACAAAGCCAUUUUUUCCUCGAGACUACAAUGAUUCAAGCAAAAGCUCUGCUCCUACUAGUGAUCAGUCUUCCACUAGUCGAAAAUCUACUUCGGAUGGUCAAUCAAAUAAUAGAAAAAGCAACACUAAGACAGUUUUGGUUGCAGUUCUUGUGACUGCUGCAGUUACAUUUAUUGUUGUUGCACUCUUUUUUAUAUGUUAUUGCAAGGUUUGUGGGGUUGGAUACAGAAAGGGGAAAAAUGACGAGAGGCCUCUUCUUAGCCUAAGCAUAAGCGACUAUUCUGCUGCUUCAGUACACGGUACUGCUGGUAAUCAUUCAGUCAGUGAUGAUUCCCACGAUAAAAUGGGUAAAAAUUACUACAUGGAACCGAACGUUCUUAAUGGUUCUAAAAGUGAGAUCCCUUUGGGAACUGUUACUGGCAUCGCUGUGGCCGCAGCAGGUAAUUCUGCACAAGUACCACCUGGAAGGAUGGGAAUGCAUGGACAGCCACCGCUUAAGCCUCCCCCUGGUAGGGUGAAUCCUUUUGAAGAUCCUGCUACUCCAGCCAAGGCAGCCAAUAUCGGUCCGCCAUCUGGCGGUCCACGUCCUCCUGCACCAGGGCCUCCUCCUGGUAAGGUGAAUCCUUUUGAAGAUCCUGCUAGUCCAGCCCCUCCACCUUCAUCUGGCGGUCCACGUCCUCCUGCACCGGGGCCUCCUCCUCGUAGGGUGAAUCCUUUUGAAGAUCCUGCUAGUCCUGCCCCUCCACCACCACCCCCGCCUUCAUCUGGCGGUCCACGUCCUCCUGCACCAGGGCCUCCGCCUCCACCACCCAUACCUAUUCGUGCAAAGGCUGGUCCUCGUCCACCACCGCCUCCGGGCCCCGGUGUUACUCCACCUCGUCCUCCUCCUACAGGGUUGAAGCCACCUCGACCUUCACCUCUUGGAUCAAAUGCAUCCUCUAGUGCGUCAACUGAGGGAUCAGGCACUGAUGCUUCUAAAACGAAGCUAAAGCCUUUCUUCUGGGAUAAGGUUCUAGCAAACCCUGACCAUUCAAUGGUUUGGCAUCAAAUCAAAUCAGGAUCUUUCCAAUUUGAUGAAGAUAUGAUAGAGAGUCUCUUUGGAUAUGCUCAUGCUGAUAAAGACAAGAAUGGUCAAAAGAAGGAUUCUGCGUUUCAAGAUGCUUCCAAACAAUAUAUUCAAAUUAUUGAUCAAAAGAAGGCACAGAAUUUAUCUAUUCUUCUUAAAGCCUUAAACGUGACAACUGAAGAAGUUUGUGAUGCCCUUAAAGAAGGAAAUGAGCUUCCUCCUGAACUUCUUCAAACUUUGCUUAAGAUGGCACCAACUACCGACGAAGAAUUGAAGUUGAGGCUCUACAAUGGGGAUCUCUCUAGGCUUGGGCCCGCGGACCGGUUCCUGAAAGUCUUGGUUGAUAUUCCAUUCGCCUUCAAGAGGCUAGAAUCCUUGCUUUUUAUGUGCAGUCUUCAGGAGGAGACAUCAACGGUUAAAGAAUCAUUUGUUACCUUGGAGGCUGCUUGCACGGAACUUCGGAAAAGCAGGCUGUUUCACAAGCUCCUUGAAGCUGUUUUGAAAACCGGCAACCGUAUGAAUGAUGGGACAUUUCGUGGCGGUGCUCAAGCGUUUAAACUCGACACGCUUCUGAAACUAUCAGAUGUAAAAGGUAUAGAUGGGAAAACUACGUUGUUGCAUUUUGUUGUUCAAGAGAUAAUCCGUUCAGAAGGUAUACGAGCUGCCCGUACGAGGGAUCGAGGGAGCGUGUCUAGCGUCAAGUCUGAUGAUCUACCUGAGGAUCAGUCUCAGGACGCGGAGGAGUAUUAUCGAAGUACCGGUCUACAGGUUGUUUCGGGUUUGAGUAGUGAACUCGAAAAUGUGAAAAAAGCUGCAAAUUUGGAUGCGGACGGCUUAACGAGCACGGUUUCCAAGCUUGUUCGUGCCCUAAAAAAAUCACAGGAUUUCUUAAAUUCGGAAAUGAAGAACGUAGAUGAAAACAGGUUUCACCAGACCCUAAAGAGUUUUGUGCAGAAUGCUGAGGUUGACAUCAUGUGGUUAUUCGAGGAAGAAAAAAGAAUUAUGGCUUUAGUUAAAAGCACGGGUGAUUAUUUCCACGGAAAUGCAGGGAAAGAUGAAGGUUUACGAUUGUUUGUCAUCGUUCGAGAUUUUCUGAUAAUUUUGGAUAAGGUAUGCAUAGAGGUAAAAAAUGCUCAGAAAAAGCUAAACAGCACGCCAAAGAAGGAGAAUUUGGCAAGUAAAGCUUCAGAGUCCACCAAUACACCAUCUGCCGAUCUGCGGCAGAAGCUUUUUCCAGCUAUCAUGGAUAGGAGAAUUGAUGAUUCUAGUUCAGAUGAUGAUGCUCCUUGAGUUGGUGCAGGGAUCCGAUGGAACCAAGGAAGCUGGUCUAUAUAGUCAGAUGAUUUUAGAGCCCAAGCAUGGUAAAUAGGGAAGUGAAAUUCAGUUUUGCUAGGCUAAAUUGAGACUGGUGUCUCUACAGAUGCUGUGCUUACAGAGAUGAUGGCUCUAUUUCAGCACAUUUUCCUUUCCAGAAUCUCCACUUGUACUGAAAAAGUAGUUAGGAAAAUGCUCAUUCAUUUUUUUCUCCAGUUUAGCUGAUGAUUCUUUCUUUAUGUAAUUGAACAGAGUAGCUUUGUUGAUUAAUAUCUAUGGUGUUCCCAAAAAGAAAUGGUACUAGCUUUGUUACUCAUCAUAAUUAGUGUCUAAUGUUCUUCACUUUAUUUUUA